AUGAAUGUAGCCAAACGAGAGUUUAUUAGAGGUAUGAUGGCGCACUACCGCGCAUCCCUUCCUCCUCCUGAGCACAGCGUUGUUAUACAUGAGCUACAGAAGCGUGUGCUCGACAUUGGUAUGCUUGCGGUUAAUAAAGCUCAUGUUGAGUUGUUUGGCUCCCAUGUUAGCGGCUUUUGCACACCUCACUCUGAUGCAGAUAUUUCCCUUACGUAUCGAAAUUUUUCACCAUGGCUUCAGGGGAUGGAGCGGGUGGAUGAGCAAAACAACAAACGCAUGACGCGCUUCGGUAAGGAAGCAUCAGCCAUGGGGAUGGAGGACGUGCGGUACAUACGCGCCCGUAUUCCGGUAGUGCAGUUUACUGACGGUGUGACGGGUAUUCAUUGUGAUGUCAGUAUCGGCAAUAUAGGAGGUGUGGAGAACUCGAAGAUACUGUGUGCCAUACGUCAAGUUUUCCCUGACUUUUACGGAGCGUAUAUUCACCUGGUUAAGGCGUGGGGAAAGGCGCGUGAAGUGAUUGCCCCGGAGCGGAGUACAUUUAAUAGUUUCACCGUGACCACAAUGGCCCUCAUGGUGCUGCAGGAACUCGGUUUGCUUCCUGUGUUUUCAAAGCCGACGGGUGAGUUUGGCGAGCUAACCGUUGCCGAUGCAGAGAUGCUUCUCCAAGAGUUUAAGUUGCCACCCAUAUAUGAUUCGCUACAUGAUGACGACGAGAAACUUGGAGAGGCUGUUUUCUUUUGUCUUCAGCGUUUUGCGGAAUAUUAUGCAAAAUAUGACUUUAGUGCCGGAACGGUAAGUCUCAUUCAUCCUCGUCGCCAUCGUACUGUCUAUGAACGGGUGGUACGGCGGCACUUGGAGUUACUGGGCUCGAGGAAACGAUUGGAGUGGGAGAAACAUAUCGCUGAACACAAGGAGGAUGGUCCACUCGAUGAAAAUGACUUUAGCGCAUCGAUGCAAAAUGAAACUACGCAACGCCCGAGUAACUCACCAUACGUGGUGGAGGAUUUCGUGAAUUAUGUGAACUGCGGUCGGCGUGUGCAGGCGUCGCGUGUGCGGCACAUUCAGCAGGAAUUCAAUCGAUUACGCGAGAUGUUAAUUGACAAGGAGAGCGAGCUGAAGUUUGACGAGGUUUUUAGGGAAAGCGAUACAGUCCCCCGCUUUCAAGGAUUUGAGGGAGUUGGUACGCGGGACCAUCGUGUUAAAACGUUCCGACCCCAAUGA